AUGGCUCGAUUCAGUUUAACAAAUGUAAACUCCGAUGAAGAAGAAACUUUAAAUGGUGUGGACGUCGAACUCGAGUACAGCAGCGACGACGACGAUGAAGAAGACGAGCCUCCGCAUCCACUGGGGUUUCGGUCGAGCACUCGGAUUUCUCUCCAUAGUCCGACAGAAACAAUGGAGCAAUACAAACGUAGGUGGGGUUACUUCUACCCGAUAGACGAUGCCCAUGACGAGAACUUCUUUGACACCCCAAUAGAUUCCAAAAUCCAAUCCUUUCCACCGUUAUCGACCUAUAUGAACCCCAACACAGUAUCCACGAGAGCCCUUAUUGGCUACGCGAAUGAAAGGAAACCAACAGAUGACUGUGUGGAUCAAGUAAUUCAGCUGCUGCAGGCCGCCGCUUUGGUUGACGAACGAGACUUGACGACACCGCUUUUGCUGGCUACCAAUACACAUCUCGAUGCCACCAAUCGGUUAACGCAACAGAAAUUGAUCGAAAUUCAGCAUGAAAUUGACGUAGAACGCAGGCGGAUGGAGCGUGACCAUUUGGAAGCAGCCGAAGCCCUUCAAUUGAUUCUGCAUCGAAACCAAGAAACGGCUGAAUUGAUAAGUGCGGAACAACGUCGGCUCGACAGCGUCGCACAAGAAGGAGAGGAUAUCCGAGCUCGAGCGGACAAAGAAAAACAAACAGCGUUGAAAGAUGAAGAGCGACAGAAAGAAAAGGACGCUCAGGAAAAUGCCAAGCGAGAGAAUCUAGAUUCUCAGAGGGCUGCGGAAAAAGAAGAGGCUGUAAGAUCCUCGAAGUAUGAAUUUAUCGCCAAAGCCAAGAAGCUUGUUGCGCAGCUUGUGCUAAUUCGGGCUUCAGUAGAAUCAUUCGAAAAAUCAAAAGCUGUUGGAAAGCGUCGAUUACAAAUGAAGAAAAUAGUCAACGGCAAGGUCAACACUCUUUCUGAAAACACGCAAAAGAUAAGAGAGGUCGCAAAUAAUGUAUCACAAGCUAUUGAAAAAGCGCGCGACGAAGACAAACAAGCCAAGGAGCAGGGCGAGGAGGGGAACAAAGGCUUCCUCCCAGAAAUGGCUAGAGGAAAACGAUACUUUGUUGAUUUGCUCUCAAGCAAAGUCAUUGUCCGGGUCCAAGCCGAAGGCUUCAACGGUCAACGCGGUGAUGGAUUCCCUCUUGCAAAUAUGUUGGCUCAGGUUUCCACUGAUCACAAAGAACUCGGUCCAAAUCUUGCUGCCCAUAUAUACACCGUCUGCCCCACAGCUAUACCGAGCUUGCCGGAUCCUGCACCAGAUGCAAGCGAGGAUGAUCUGAUGCGAAGCCUUGGCAUGUUGCAACACGCGGAUGGCAACUUUGAAAGCUUUGAGCGCUUUUUGGGCAGAACUGAGGGCAUAAUUUCAAUGGUGGCAAACAUCAUGUCUUCAAGUCCUGCAAAUCAUACGCUGCUUGGCGGCCAUGAAGGGGCAGUCAAGUGGAUGACGCGAUUUCUUUCCUUGCUACCAAGCAGUACCGACACAGCCCUCCCAUUGAUCGUUGCACCUGUUCUGGAUGCAUUUCUUACAGGUGCAGGUCACAUGCUCGCAAAUAUCCACGCUGAAGAAUUCAAGCUCCUAUUGAAAGCUAUCGACGAGAACGUCUUGCCUAGAUUGGAUGACGGGCCCACUGGGAAGCCUUCCGCUAUGCGGUUAGAGAAGACUAUGAGUGGAGGAUACGAAAAGUUUCAAAGUACACUUCCAUCUCGUGCUUUGGCGGAGUUUUACAAUGGAUCAAGCUUCUUGCGAAGUCACGGUAGCACAUCAACACCCUCACCUUUCGGUCAUUCGGUGUUUGCCGGAAAUGCGGGGACUACGGGCGUCCCCCCUUUCGGCCAAAGCUCAACGAAUAGCUUGGUAGAAGCGGGAACAAGCUCGGAUGCAUUUGGAAAGCCACCUUUGAAUGCAUCCCCUUUUACUGGUAGUGGGACAACAUCUCAUACUACAUCAGGUAUCUCAAAAAUGGACCAGUCUGAUUCAUUCCAGCCAAAACAGACGCAAGCAUUGCCGUUUGGCGUAGCUUCAAACACUUCAACUUUUGGACAGGUUGCUUCUUCGUCGCCAGCUCUACUUCAAAAGUCAUCCCCCUUUGGAAACACUUUUCCAAGUCCGUCCCCGUUUGGAACUGCUGCCUCCGUCCCCUUUGGAAAGCCGAACGCAGUCCCUUUAUCCGUGAGUGCACCCAAUCCAAGUACUUCUCCGUUUGGAAAUUCUUUACAAACCGUUGUGCCCUUUGGUGGCCAAAACAUGAGCCUUCCUUCGUCUGGUUCUUCUAUUCCAAACACUUUUCCAUUCGGAAAUCCCGCACAAGCCGCUUCGCCGUUUGGAAAGCCAACCCCAAUGCUUUCGUCAUAUGGUAUUUCCCAUCCAAAUCCUUCGCCAUUUAAAAAUCCAUCAAGUGGCUCGUCUCCAUUUGGCUCGGUUGUUGCUAGCUCAUCUCCGUUUGGAGGGACCAGCAAGGUAAUUUCCACAUUCAAUAGUGGCUCGUCUUCUCCGUUUGGCAGCCAAACGGGUUCUUCGUCUCCUUUUCCAUCAGUUGGAGAUUUUCCACCAAAUUCUAAUGGAAGACCCAGCCACACAACCAAAACGCAGCCUUGUAAAUUUUUUGCCGAAGGUCGCUGCCGCUUCGGAGACAAUUGCAGGUUCUCGCACGAACCUCCUAACAGUACCAGAAUUCCAUCAUCUAGUCCCUUUAUGAACACAACAUUUCGUCAAUGACCAACAUCCGCACACAAAUCUGGGUUGAUAGCAAUGCUUUAUCCUCGGUCUAUCGAUAAGAUUUGGAUCGCAAGUGCCGUGGGGGAGCCCCAGUUCGCUUUGGGCAGUCUCUGAUGAAGGGCUUGGAGACAGUAAGUUUUCAUUAGAUGGUAUGAGACAUGAGAAGCUGUUCGAAUUGUGAACACGUUUAAAAUCGUCUAGCACUUCGAAUUAAAAGACAAGGCUGUUCUUACUAAUGGUAGCAUCUUCGAGCUAAAAGAUACAAUUAAGAUUAUCGACUAUCUAG